CCCUUAAUAUAAAUUUAGAACAUAAUUGUAUUUCUCCCUAUUGUUUGGUUGGGCCGUUGGCCUAAGAAUUUGGGCAGGCCCAUUGUGUGCACGGCGAUGAUGCCUGAACGAACACAACGGAGGGGUUUGUUGAUUCUUGAUUGUGUUUGGUUCGAAGAUGAAGAAAAAUGGCGUUAUUCCGUGGUGGAUGAAGCAGCAAUGGCGGGGAAUAGUGAAAGUGCGUCUGAAAUGGGUGAAGAACCGAAGCCUGGACCACGUGAUCGACAAGGAAACCGAUCUGAAGGCGGCGUGCCUCCUGAAGGACGCCGUGAACCGCUCCUCCACCGGCUUCCUCACCGCGCAAUCCGUCGCCGACUGGCAGAAACUCCUCGGCCUCACCGUCCCCGUCCUCCGCUUUCUCCGCCGCUAUCCCACUCUCUUCCAGGAGUUCCCCCACCCUCGCUGGGCCUCCCUCCCCUGCUUCCGCCUCACCGACACCGCACUCUUCCUCCACUCCCAGGAACUCUCCCUCCACCAAACCCACCAAAACGACGCCGUCCAAACCCUCUCCAAGCUCCUCAUGAUGUCCAACUCACGCGCCCUCCCCCUCCACUCCCUCCACGCGCUCAAGUGGGAUCUCGGUUUACCCGACACCUUCCACAAAACCCUAGUCCCCCUCUACCCCCACCAGUUCCAAUUUGUCAGGUCCCCCAACGGCGUCGUUUCAAUCCAGCUAUCUCGCUGGCCCGAGGAACUCGCGGUUUCCGCGCUGCAGAAGAGCAACGAGGGUGGGACCCACUACCGCGAAUUCAAGCGAGGACAAUCGGCUUUGGCUUUUCCGAUGCGGUUUCCGAGGGGUUACGGCGCGCAGAAGAAAGUGAGGACGUGGAUGGAGGAGUUUCAGAAGCUUCCUUACGUUUCUCCUUACACGGAUUCCACGAAGAUUGAUCCUAACAGCGAUUUGAUGGAGAAGCGCGUCGUUGGGGUUCUGCACGAGAUUUUGAGUUUGACUCUGCACAAGAAAACCAAGAGGAACUACUUGAGGGGCUUGAGGGAAGAGUUUAACCUUCCGCAUAAGUUUACCCGAAUUUUCACCAGGUAUCCCGGGAUUUUUUACCUCUCCUUGAAGUGUAAAACCACCACGGUUACUCUCAAGGAAGGGUACCAGAGUGGGAAGCUAGUGGACCCGCACCCUCUUGCUCGGCAUAGAGAUAAGUUUUACCAUGUGAUGCAGACGGGGCUUCUAUAUCGCGGCGAUGGAUCGUUGAAACCUCAGGAGAACAAUUUGCUGGCUGAGAAUGAUAAAUUAAGGAGUGAAGACUCUGAGGUUGAAAUGAGUGAUGAACUCUGCGAGACUGAGUUAAGUGAAUGAGAUUUUGAUGCAGAUUUGUGUUUAGUGUGAUACAAAUAUACAAUCAUACAAGCAUCAGGAUAAUUCGCUCUAAAGAAAAAUUGUUUCCUCCCCAGGUUAGUAACUCUGUUCCUAACUAGCUUCAUGGCACGGUUUGUUAGAUUUCUCUUGCGCUUAACAGUGGAACUUCAUAGAUUGCUACUUAUUAUAACCAUACAAAAUUGAGUUGUGAACUCAUGGUUUCUAGAGGACCUGUUUCUUGUAUAUAUGAACUUCAAGUGCAGUUGUGGAGUGGAAAUUCCAUUCUGCUUUUGAACAAUAGAGAUGGGAAGGAUUGAUCGUGAUAGAAUAUGAAAUUCAGUAAUUCAUUAUAAUAUUUAGUGUGUCAUACUUACAUUUUAGUAAAAAUGCGUGAUGCAAAUUGUGUGUCA